CUUAAAACACUUAAUUAAUUGCAGAUAACUUGGUAUGGAUCAGUAUUGACUGUUCCUGAUUUAUUUUCCUUAAAAUAUAUUUGGAGUAAAUAUAUUACAUUUAUCUUUAAAAUUAAAUAAUUUUGCGUGAAAUCCAUACCUCAAUCUUUAUUUUUAUUCAUUCAAACCCGUGAACCUAAUAAAUAGAAGAAACUACCAUACUAAUUUGAAGAUACAUGAACUUUUGAGCUUAAAAAUGAUGUGAAAGAGACGUAAAACUUCCCCGGAAACACUUAAACUCUGACUUGAAGUUUCCCACCAUGACAUGAACAGCAACACCCUGGCUGGAAUCAGAACUCAGAGCGUCGAGCCUCCUCGCUCGACUGCUUACUAUUACGCUGACUUGGAGAAACUCAAGAGGACCAAACCUGACCCUAUUGAGAAAGACCCGAAUGAACUGAGCGAAUAUGUAGAAUCAAAUGAAGUAAUCAAUGACGGAGCCGUGAGAGAAGUCCCUCCGCUGAGAGAUAGACAGUGGAGUUUACCGGAGUACAAUAUACCCGAAAAUGGCAGGAAAGUGGAGGAGACAUAUUCGACAGCUGGGACAUUCCCUAUGCCCGAACCGAAGGAGAAGGAACCGUUACUAGCGGAGCUGGAGGUAGUCGGCAGGUUGCCGCUGACUGAGCUGGACGCGUCGUCCGGUGUGCGACGCAGCAGGAGUUGGUACCUCUGCUGUCCGAACGUUGCCGAUGAGGAGAUUUCUAGAGAGUCCUCUUGGAGAUACUCCAGUUUGAGGCCUGUAACAGCACCGCCCGCUCCUGGACAGAAUGGGUUUAAUGUUUUGGUAGCAUCUGAGAACAGCGGUCGUGAUGACGUCACCACUUUGAGAGCUGAACGCGACGCUCUAGCGAGGGCGUUAGCGGCGGAGAGGCAGAGGGCGGCCACCGCGGCUAGAGCCCACGACGCCAGGCUCGCGGAACUGCACGGGGUCAUAGCUGAACUGGUCCGGCGGCGGGCGGCGCACAAGCAAACCGCUGCUAUACCUGAGGAGGAACUGUCGGAUGAAUGCGAGUCCACCACCCAGCCGGCCGGCGAGCUGGACAACGACGCCGACAACUCCAGGACUGAACAGGUAAUGAACAUUGACACCAGCCCCGCAAAGUCAAAAGUCAAAGUCAAAAUAAUCUUUAUUCGGAUAGACUUCUUAAAAGUACUUUUGGAUCGUCCAACAUUUUUUCCCUACCACUCGUUCAGGACGUCUUUUGGCUGAUAAGAAGAACGAGCAAGAAACUCACCAGCUCUAAUAGGAGUAAUGACAUUUACAAAAACUAUGUCAUUACCAGAUCAAUACAUUAUAAACAGAGAUAGAAAAAAAAACCAUGGUCUUAUAAUGAUAACAUAAUCAUUUAAUAAUAAUGGAAACAAGAUAAUGAGUUCAGAAGUAAUCACCUAUCCAGUUGCUGGAUCAUCUCAAGUCCAAGCGUUCUUAUCUGUUAUAUAAUCGGAUACCUUAUAAUAAGCUUUUUUAAUAAGUAUUAUUUUAAUAGUAGAUUUAAACUGCAUGAUAUCUAAUUGUUGUAUUUUGCUUGGGGCCUUAUUGUAGAAGCGCACACAAAGACACAUGAUACAUGAGUGAAUUCGAAUUCGGGUACAGAUUUUUAUAGAAGUCCUCAAUUCAGCUAAUGUUUAAGUAACAAUCGCAUCACCUGAAGUCCAAUAUUAUUAGUGCAAUGUCUCCUCCACACAUUGGUGACCGAUAUAUUUAUUAUAGUUAUGACAAAACUAGCAGAAUUGCCCUGCUGGAGAUCAAAUUAUUCUUUAAUGAAUUUAUAAAUCAUUCAUCACUACAUAGUAUAAAACUCUCUGUCCCUAUAUCCCUGUGUAUGAUUAUAUCUUUAAAGCUGCGCAACGGAUUUUGAUGAGGCUUUUUUAUAUAAUAUUAUUGUCCUAUUUUGGAAGACAGGUCACAAUUUCACAUACAAUUUUAUAAAAAAAAAAAAAAAAAAAAUUUGCAAAACAACAAAUUUAUUUAUAAUAAAUAUAAACUAGUAAUUAUACACUAAAGCAACAAUCACAUUAAGUUAUAUUCAGAAUAACACUCUUUAAACUGAUUAUUUAAAUAUUUACCUCUAUAGAGAUUAUGGUGUGAAUUGGAAACCUAAUAAGCCACAUUUAUACCAAAAUAAAUAGAAUUGAUAGCUUAUAUAUCCCAUUUUAAGAUAUUUUUAUUGGUUCAUAGUUUAUUAUGUAGUAUUUUCGGAAAAAUGUAAUACGGAGUUCAUUCAAUUGGUCUGAAACUAAGGUUUCGAUCCAUAAGUCCGAAAGAUGUCAUGUGAAAUAUUGCAAUGUUUUAUUUAUUUCUGCCAAUGUUCCUUACAAACUGCUAAGGGACAUAUGACAAAUAUAUAUAACGUCUAAACUUUUACAAAAGAUUCCAAAGGAAGGACUUUAUGUAUAAUACAAUAGUACGCUGGCGAAGCCGCUGGCGGAAAGCUAGUUAUAGUAUAAAACGAAAUCGCUUUCCCAUUUUAUCUGUACGAAUAUUAUAAAGAGAAAAAAUUUGAAUGUUUGUUUAUUUUUCCAUGGAAUAGACGCCAAAACUACUGGACCGUUUUUUAAAUUUAUGCGGGCAAAGUCAGGCGGAAACAGCUGGUAUAGAAUAAAAGUGUUCACUUAGUAUUAAAACUUGAAUUUUAUAUAAAUAGAAGCUUCAAUUAAUUUGUUCUAACCAUUGUUCUGGUCUUGAAACCCAUCUG